AUGUUGAGUCAGGGACCCCGGACCCCAGCUUCAGGUUGCUACUAUCUAAAUGCCAUGACACCUGAGGGCCAGGAGAUGUAUUUGCGAUUUGAUCAGACUACGAGACGCUCUCCUUACAGGAUGAGCCGGAUUCUAGCACGCCAUCAGCUAGUGACUAAAAUUCAACAAGAAAUCGAGGCGAAGGAAGCAUGUGACUGGCUCCGCGCUGCUGGCUUCCCGCAGUACGCUCAGCUAUACGAGGAUUCACAAUUUCCCAUCAACAUUGUGGCUGUCAAGAACGAUCAUGAUUUUCUUGAAAAGGACCUUGUAGAACCUCUUUACAGACGACUAAAUACAUUGAACAAGUGUGCCUCAAUGAAACUUGAUGUGAACUUCCAAAGGAAAAAGGGUGACGACUCCGAUGAGGAAGAUCUCUGCCUCAGCAACAAAUGGACUUUCCAAAGAACCAGCCGCCGGUGGUCUCGCGUGGACGACCUCCACACACUGUUUCCUGGAGGAGACAGAAAUGGGUUGUCGGGAGACAUUAGGAUGAGAAACACGACCAGCAGUGAAAGCGUCCUCACGGAUCUGAGCGAGCCCGAGGUCUGCUCCAUUCACAGCGAAAGCAGCGGCGGGAGCGACGGCCGCAGCCAGCUGGGCGGGCACGGCGCCGGCCAGGAGGCCUUCGAGGGCCCCGGGCAGUACUGCGCCGACGGCCCGGUCAUGCUGGACGCCGCGCUGGUGGGCCACAGCCUCCUGCCAUCCCCCAAAGACGGGCUCCAGCACCCUUUGCACCCAAAGAAUGAGAAGCCCAGCCGGGCCAGAGCCAAGUCGUUCCUGAAACGCAUGGAAACGCUGCGAGGGAAAGGCGCGCAGGGGAGGCACAAGGGGCGGACCGGGGGCCUGGUGAUCAGCGGUCCCGUGCUGCAGCAGGAGCCCGAGUCUUUCAAGGCCAUGCAGUGCGUCCAGAUCCCAAAUGGACACCUCCAGAACUCGCCCCCCGCCACCGGCACUGCCGGGCUUCCUGGCCCCACCAAGUGGGGUGCUGAGGGCAGCCCCUCAGAGAAUAGCAGCAGUGGGGGGAGCACGCCUGGCCUGAAGGAGCGGAGGGGCCAGGAGGCCCACAAGCGCGGGGGCAUGUACCUCGAAGACCUGGAUGUGCUUUCGGGGACAGCGCUGCGGGACUCGGGGGACCGAAACCACCAUGCGCAUGAGUUUCACUCCCAAGAGAACUUGGUGGUGCAUGUCCCCAAGGACCACAAGCCAGGAACCUUCCCCAAGGCACUCUCUAUCGAGAGCCUCUCGCCAACAGACAACAGCCACGGGGCGAACUGGAGGACCGGGAGCAUCUCCCUGGGCAGACAGCCCAGCCCGGGGGCCAGAGAGCCCAGGCUCAUGGGGUCCUGCCACAGAGCGAGUCGGGUAAGCAUCUAUGACAACGUCCCCGGCUCCCACCUGUACGCCAGCACCGGGGACCUUCUGGACUUGGAGAAGGAUGACCUCUUCCCUCACCUGGAUGACAUCCUCCAUCAUGUCAACGGGCUCCAGGAGGUAGUGGAUGACUGGUCCAGAAACAUGUUACCCGAACCACAGACACACAGCGCCGGAGAGGCUGGCUUCUCCCCCUUCCCCUCUCCCAAUCAGAUCACCUUGGAUUUCGAAGGCAACUCUGUCUCCGAAGGUCGGACCACACCCAGUGACGUGGAAAGAGACAGAGCGUCUCUUACUGAGUCAGAGGCCGCUGGGGUCAGAGAAAGGAGGGACUCGGGAGUAGGGGCCUCUCUGACCAGGCCAAACAGGCGACUCCGGUGGAACAGCUUCCAGCUCUCACACCAGCCACAGCCAUCUACGGCGUCACCCCACAUCAGCGGACAGACAGCCGGCCAGCUGAACCUGCUCCAGCGCUUCUCGCUGCUCCGCCUCACGGCCAUCAUGGAGAAGCACUCCAUGUCCAACAAGCACGGCUGGACGUGGGCAGUUCCAAAGUUCAUGAAGAGGAUGAAAGUUCCCGAUUAUCGAGACAAGAUGGUCUUUGGCGUUCCCCUCAUCGUUCACGUCCAGAGAACUGGGCAGCCGCUGCCACAGAGCAUCCAGCAAGCGCUGAGGUAUCUACGCAGCAACUGCCUCGAUCAGGUGGGUCUUUUUCGAAAAUCAGGUGUGAAAUCUCGAAUCCAUGCCUUACGUCAAAUGAAUGAGAACUUCCCUGAGAAUGUCAGCUAUGAGGACCAGUCCGCUUACGACGUAGCAGACAUGGUGAAGCAGUUCUUCCGGGACCUUCCCGAGCCUCUUUUCACCAACAAGCUCAGUGAGACCUUCCUCCACAUCUACCAGUAUGUCCCCAAGGAGCAGCGGCUGCAGGCAGUGCAGGCGGCCAUCCUGCUGCUUGCUGAUGAGAGCCGGGAGGUGUUGCAGACGCUGCUGUGCUUCCUCAACGACGUGGUCCAUGCGGUGGAAGAGAAUCAGAUGACGGCCAUGAACUUGGCCGUGUGUCUGGCCCCCUCCCUCUUCCACCUGAAUUUACUGAAGAAAGAAAGCUCCCCCAGAGUCAUCCAGAAAAAAUAUGCGGCCGGGAAGCCAGAUCAAAAGGACCUCAGUGAGAAUCUGGCUGCGGCUCAGGGCCUGGCCCACAUGAUCAUGGAAUGUGACAGACUUUUUGAGGUCCCGCUCGAGAUGGUGGCCCAGUCUCAUAAUUCGUAUGUGGAGGCUGAGAUCCACCCGCCAACUCUGGAAGAGCUGGGGGCCCAGCUGGAGGACAGUGGGGCCACUUUCCACACGUACCUGGAACACCUCGUGCAGGGCCUCCAGAAGGAAGCCAAGGAGAAGUUCAGAGGAUGGGUCACGUGUCCCAGCACAGACAACACAGAGCUGGCUUUCAGAAAGGUGGGAGACGGGCCCCCGCUGAGGCUGUGGAAGGCUUCCGCGGAGGUGGAGGCGCCCCCCUCGGUGGUUCUGAACCGCGUGCUGAGGGAGCGCCACCUGUGGGACGAGGACUUCGUGCAGUGGAAGGUGGUGGAAACGCUGGACAAACAGACGGAAGUCUAUCAGUACGUGCUGAACAGCAUGGCGCCCCACCCCUCCAGGGACUUCGUGGUUCUCAGAACCUGGAAGACUGACUUGCCCAAAGGAAUGUGUGCCCUAGUGUCCCUGUCCGUGGAACACGAGGAAGCCCAGCUCAUGGGCGGCGUGCGGGCUGUGGUGAUGGACUCUCAGUACUUGAUAGAGCCGUGUGGUUCGGGCAAGUCGCGGCUGACCCACAUCUGCAGGGUGGACCUGAGAGGUCACUCCCCAGAAUGGUACAAUAAAGGCUUUGGACACCUGUGUGCGGCAGAAGUUGCCAGGAUUAGAAACUCUUUUCAGCCCCUCAUUGCUGAGGGUCCAGAAACUAAAAUCUGA